AAAGAGCCGCGUGAGCUAAAUAUUCCACAAGCAAUUUUAGUGACGGCCAACUGGCUGCGUUCCACACUCCACUGGUACCAGACAUGGCUCUCCCACACUCACACGCCAUCUCACAGUCCAAGAAGCAUCGGCCGCUUCUACGGGUUCCUUGCAGAGGAGGGCUCUAUUGGGUCUGAAUAUCCCACGAUGAUAUCAGAGAGGAACGCCACGUCUGGCCUUGCUGGACAUCCAGUACCAGGCUGUCAAUCGCCAGCCGGCACUUUAUGGAGGUCCGUUUCGUGAACAACAUCCAAGUUCUGAACAGCGACUGGCGGAAGGGCGAUUGCUGGGGGCUGGGCAGGCCAGCGUCAGAAAUGUCGCGUUCACACUCCUCAUUGGCUAGCGGCGUGCCACACCUUUUUCGUCAGGACUGAUUCAACCCCCAUCCGGAGUGUUGUCUGAGGCGAAAGGAAUCCAUCCUUUCACCGAUUCAUUAUUCGAGCCCGUUUACAUCGCGGAUGUGUACCCGGCAAGUCCAUGGCCUGCACGUUGGGCUGCGUCGCACCACCCCACCACUAAAAGGUAAUGUGAUUUUUUGAGCAAGUGGUCAGGCAAUGCGGAGAGGUGUGUGGACAGGAUGACGGCAGUCCGUAAACACAGCUCCUUGCUCCCUGCUACCGUAUUGGCUAUCACUUGGAAGAGCUUUUUUUUUUUUUUUUUUUUGAUUCUUCAAUAUUUCUGUUUGCUUCAAUUUUGUUUCCUUUCAUAUGAAAGUUGACGACGCCUUCAUUUUGUCCUUCUUCAUUUUGAAGGGAUGAAGCUCAUGUUGUCUCGUCGAUAUAUAUUAUUUAUUAUCGCAUUUUCCCUGGUGGAAUUGAACAGAAUUUGAGUAUAGCAACAGCUGGCUCUUGCUAUGCCUCACCGUCGUUUACAACCUGUGUCAACGUCUUAAAGGCUUUUCCCUUCCCUUCCGGAGACAUCGUGCAUCGCACUGUCAUACCUAAAAGGUUCGUAUUAGAGGCCGACACAGGAAAGUAGAAGAUUCAAGACUGGUUUCUGAUAGCUCAGUGACAACGCACCACUGGAGUCAACGGGCCGGAUUUGGGAUUUUACCUUUCCAAUUUGAAUUGGUGACUGGAUGGUCCAGCCUGGUUUGGAUAUCUCGACGAGGCUCCUCAGGCAUAACUUCUCAUUAGAGCUUGCCAUAUUGCUGCACUUUUAUAUAACCACGUUAGCAAGAAGGAUCCAAUUUGUGCUUUAGGAUCGCGUACCCUCAUCCGGCGUUUAGGUGUUGCGGUUAACUGUACGGGAAUAUGGGCCUUGGAAGUGUAGAUCUCACCUCUAGUUGUGUGAGUGUUGACGAAUAUCAUUCAUACUCAGACGUUCCUGUCCCGCUCCCUCUUUUCUCGCCCGUUCCCAUUCGUCGUACCUGUUCCGCUCCCAUUUCACGACCUGCAUCUCCUCCGGUCAGUCCUGCACCGACUGUCCUUGUUUCUCUGCGCACCAUUUCUAGCGGACAGGUUUCCGGUAGGCUCUCCCUACAUGAGUAUCGUAAGACUCUCUCGCGCCCGCAACUGGAUGAGCAAUCUGCCCCCGGCCCGCGAAGAACAUUGAGAAGGAAGCCUAAAACCUUGAACCUCACCGUUUUUCGACCUCCUCGAGCGCCGCCAUCGCCGCCUGCAACCCCGAUAUCAGCAUCUCAAAUUUCUAACGGAGUCUCAGUAGAGGCGUUGCAGUCCUGGCAGCCAUUAGCAGAGGCGGCGAUUGAUCAUGAAGAGGCGAGGGUUCAUGAAAAUAGUCCCAGCCACCCUUUAGCAGACGCUGUCUCCUUGCCACGCACCACCACUGCAUUCACUGCUGCCCCUAAAACUCCAUCUCAACAACUGGAGACUCUGCUGCAGUCCUUUCCUCCACCUCCACCUUACACUCCUGCAACUAGCGUUACGAGCGCAAGCCCUGGAAUGAAGAAGUUGAAUGUGUUCAAAUAUAGCCUCAAGCAGAUUCCCGCCAGAUUCAUUUCUCACCACAGAAGCUCUUCAGAUUCUGCUCUGUCCUUCUACCCAAAUCACUCAAGGACAAGGCUUCGUCAUAGGGGCGUUUCAUUUGAGAUACUCAACCCGCCAAAAUCACCUGGCUUACCUGUAUCUUUCUCGCCUGAACAUAUAACUCCCAAGUCCUUUCAUUUGUUAAAGCGAAGUAUCCCAGCCCCCUCUUUCGACCCGAUGUCUUCUCAGUUUCUCGACCAAAGCCCUUCAGUCAGUGAGGCUUCUCAGGGACAACAAACGCCCUUGAAAUACGGAAAUCGAUCAAGAUCGGGGAGCGAGGAGCGUCGACCCACGCCUCCACGGGCUUUGUUCGAAGAUCUUCUAACAGCACAUUCAUCUAUUACUUCGCGCAUAGUAAACCAGAGAAGCAAUCUAUUUCCACUGUUUCCAUACAUUGAUCACUCCACAGGUGAUCUGGAUAUGGAGCUGUCCUUGGACACGGGUACUGAGGAGGCCCAUGUCACUCUCCCGCCAAAUUCUCCUGAUCCCUUCGCGUCCUAUUCCGGUAGAAAAGCUGUGGAGGUUCAAUCUCCCCUGCAGCUCAAGGCGCCAUCGCUGCCUGCACAAGAUGCCACCGAGAAUCCAAAAACUACAUUCGCAAAUUUGAUCCUGAGCGGCGCUUCGCUUGGUCAGCUAUCAAGUUAUUUUACGAGUAAAACCUUGCAAACCGACAGGCAACCGCGUGGCGAAGUCAUCAAGAGGCAUCCCUCCACGCUCACAAAACCUCGCCCCCCUGAUCCGAAACAAGCCUUCCAGUGGAAGAAACUUCGCACUGGCGGCGCGUCCACCCUAAUCUCCAGCUUCGUAUCCCGUCAAUUGAUUCCCCAUACGACCCGUUUUCGGGUUGAAAAACGAAAUACGUGCGAAGAUGGUAGGAAAAGUAGAGGUGGCAAACCGAGCACGAAAACAGCUUCAAACUAUCGUCGCAGUGUGUCAAGCCCAUUGGAACGCCUAUCGGCAGACGUCGAAACCCUUAUUGAACAAAAUCUUGUCUCCGCUACGCCACGCCCCAAACCAUCUCCAGCUAAAAGCCUCUUAAAAGUCCAAAAUGCGCGACCACAGUCUUCUGUGUACUCGUCGAUCGAUGAACCUCCUCCAGAGUUAUAUACCCAGACCCUAGCGCAUAGUGCCCGGACGGAUGGCGCGUAUCUGAUUGACUCAUGUCUGUCCGCUGAGGUUCCCUAUAAGAACGUUCGAUCUCGAUAUCAAUGGAGUUCAACAUUAAGCCCUAAUUUUUCGAAGCCCAUCCAUCCCCCGGAAUCCCGCCAGACAGGCGCAGACGAGCCAGUAUUUCCUAUAUCCUAUGCUACUAGUUACCAGAACCGUCGUCCCCUAGAUUCCCACCCAAUAAACACUAUCCCGGACGGGCCGCAUAAUUUUUAUUCCCAAAAUUCUUCAAUAGACGUUUCCGAACCAAUUCUAACUGUGGGAGGGGAUCCUGGUACACUUCAAUCUAGUUCCGUAUCUGGGAUUGCAGAUCAUGAUUUUCUCGUUGACGAUUACGAAGAUAUGGGCCCAGGGAGCAGUCAGACAGUGUCAAGUCCUCAGUUGAGUCGGUUGGGAACGUUCUCAACGCUAAGAUCCCGUCUUAAACUACCGUCUACAUUUUCAUCUCGCCCAAAGGGAAAUGGAUUAAAGCCACAAACCGUUUCUACGAACUCGUCCUUUAAGGAACCUGAACAGUUUGCUGAUCAGUUGAAAACAUGCAGUGCCCUUGAAAGUAACACUGGGCUGGAGGAUGGUUGGUGUAGUGAGCGGGUAGAUGCACAGGAUUGGCAAACGGUCACAGGAAGCCAUCAGUUUAGAAGUGAUUUCUCAAGGGUGGACACAGGUAGUAGUUUAGCUAAUUUUUCCAGUUGUGGAAGCCUUGCAAAUGCAGAAGCACAACCUUGGACAUCGUUGCCAUUACCUGGGGGACAUCAACAUUUCCCUAGCUGUCCUGGCAACCUAGUGAUGGUCCAUCCAGGUCAAAGAGGCCUCUCUCACAAGCAUAAGCUCCAUCAAAACCCAAAUACUGGAACUAGCAUCCUGCUCCCAGAUUAUCAAUACCCAGGUAAAUCUUUUGAUAGCUUGAACUCUGUGGCAAAGCCUGUGCCAGUGCUCAAGGCUUCAACUGAAGUGUACCCGGCACCACUUCCCUCCACCUCACAGUAUCAACACCCUACACCCCUGAACAAACCGCACGUUCAUCCCUUCAAAAGUCCGCCGCCGGUCCUCGACAAAUGGAAGACGCGAUUAAGAAAACAAAGCCUGUAUCAGUCAUCCCGAUUUGGCCCUGGUCCUGUUAACCCAAGUUGUAAGUCUGAUUUCUUUGAUUUCUCGUGUCAUCAGCACCCUCUUCAACAACACCAACCGCCACAUUAUCAACAUUUACAUCAACACGAACCAACGUCCCGCGACGCGCAAUACCGCCAGAAUUCCAUGACUGAGUCCUCUGGCCCACCUGCCACUGUUUCGUCAGACUGGUGUACCAUAUCGUCCUGCCAGGACAUAUCCAUGCCCGUUCUCAAUCGAGACGCCUCGUCCCAUUCCCGCAUACGAAACAAACACAGCCCCUUUUCAGCUAGAGAGCACAACACAGCCAGCAACACUACUAGUAUCCUCCCAUCCCCUUUCAAUAAUUUUAAUGGUCGCCACAAAAGGCCCUUUUCCCACAAAUACCCUAGAAUGAGCAUGUUCGUAACGGAGAACCUAGCAACUAAUAACUGCAAUAGUCAGAAUUCCCUGUCUCUAACCACAAGCAUUCGCUCCGUGCCUCGCAAUUAUUCCCCUGAUGGCAGCACGCAAAGAGGAGACGUCCUUCAGAUGCCCGAGAGAGUUCAUCUCGCGCCUACAUACUCCUCCACUGAGCAGCUCAUUCUUUAUCCCCAGUCGAAUCCCUCUCCCCCUCGUUUUCGCAAUAGGCUUUCUGGCGAUGGUAUUGCGGUCAUUGAAGGCAAUGACACUGGGACCUCCCACAAAUGUCCAUCACUGGUAUCUGAAGCUAGGCACCAGCAAGGCCAGCGUCCCGCAAUCCCCAGACUACACUGGCCGCCUGUACAGAACAACGGCAAUGAAACCACCAAAAUACGCAUGAAGGCAUCAUCCCGCGACGACCUCAUUCGAGAGCGUAUUCGACAAUUGGAUGACCCCAUCGUAACUACAAAUACCCGACGGAGCAGAAGAGACCUUUCGUCGCGUCCACUCUCUGAGAGGAGUGCAAUACCUCACCGUUCCCAUACCGUCGCAAGCAGACCGUUCAAUGUCAACGAAGAGCUCGAAGUUGGCCAGUGGUACUGCUCAGAAAACGGACGCUACGCUUUUUCCACCCCGCCUCGCCUCUUUAAGACAUCAGCCAAAUUUAGACAACGGGCCGCGACUACUACGGUAGCUUCAGAGACCAAUUUUGCCCUCCAGCGGCGCGUUGGUCGGGAGCUCAUCAUUGCUUCUUCGAUUAUGCUACCCCCGGGAUGGUUAUUGCUGGGCUACAUCGCCCUGGUUGGGCAAGGGGCGAACUGGUUGAUAAAAUGGAGGUCAGGAGGAGAAGUGGAGCAGUUUCAUGAGAAAGAGAUUCGCUUUGCACGCCAGGUGUUCGGGGCAGUUUUCCUGGUGUUGGUUAUUAUUGCCUUUGUUACAGCGACAGCUUUCCUGGCGUCGAAAGAUAAUUAAUCAAGACUCUGAAAAGUAGGACACCUCAGGCGAUUAACUAC